UUUGCCCAUCGAUAAGCAUUUUUUGUAAAAAAAAAAAGAGAAUUCGGCAGUAUCCAUUCGUUUGACUAAAUUCGAGUUUUUUGUUUUUGUUUUUGGCGAAGCAAUUGAGUGACAGAGGAAAGGAAUCAACAAUGGCUCACGUGGAGCUCACUCGUCGCGAUAACCAGACAGCAGGAUCGGGAUUGGGCGGUGGCGAUGCGGAUAACAGUGCAUUGAUUCAACGCACCACAGCACCACCGAUGCAACUUCAGCGGACUGAAGCAAUGAUGGUGGAGCCAAAUCGUUUGAUGAGGUCUACCAAUCAGCUGCAAUCUGAGCAGGAUCAGGUGGCCAACACAAGGGUAAAUGGCCAGGAAUUGGAAAUAGUUUGUUCAGCGACAUGCAAAAGUCAAGAUCAUGUGAGACCCAAUCAAAUGGUUCGCUUUUGCCUGCGCCUGGGCUACAACGCUCUCCUUUUUCCGUACGAGAUGGCAAAAGUACUGAUCCAACUCGGUCAUGAGCCGCUCCCUGCAAAAUCUUUCCAUCUGCCGCUGCUCCAUCUGCGACCACGUGUUUUCCUUCCCGGUGUCCAUCAGUAUGUGCAGCACAUUCGGCGGGUGGAUGGUUUUUGGGGAUUGUAUCGUGGAUUACCCGCUCGCCUGGCAGCCAGUACAGUGGACUUUUUGUUGGGGGAUCUUGUGCUGGCUAUCCUGCACUUUGCUCCCUAUAAAAGGCGACCCAAGGAAAAGCUGAGCCUGAAGGAGUUUUGCUGGAAUCUAAUGAGGAACAGCAUCCGCUUGGCCACCGCUGUGGCUCUAUCGCAACCAUUUUAUGUGAUCAUGGUGCGUCAGGUAGCUCAGUUUGUGGGUCGAGAGAAGGUCUAUGUGGGAAUCUUUGGUAGCCUGACGACUCUGGUAAAGCAGGAGGGAUAUGCUGGACUGUUUGCCGGAAUUGUGCCUCGCCUAGUGGGCGAAUUAAGCGUAUUGGGCUGCACUAGCUUAAUUAGCCACCUGUGCCAUCGUCUUCUGCCCAUGAGUCGUACCCAGCAGCAUUACAAUGCCGUUAUUAUCCAAAUGAUGGCUAGCAUGUUAGCUUAUCCCUUGGAAGUGACAUCCGCUUGCAUGGCUGGAACUGGAGCACCACUUUCCGCCUGUGAGCCACCAAAUAUGCCUCUCUAUAACCACUGGGCCGACUGCCUUACCGAUCUUUAUGCUCGAGGUGGACACAAUCGGGGAGCCCUUCUCUUUUGGCGCACUGUUCCUAGGAUCCAAUUGCUGCGCCAUGCGGAUGGGCACCUGCCAAGAGUGGGUUAGUGUUCCAAAAGGGGUAGGAUCGGAAGAGAAUGUGCAAAAGUAGAGAAUGGAAUUGUAGAGAAGAUAUUGUUGCGAAAAUAGAGUGUGGAGAGAGAGUGAAGAGUGAGAAGAACACAAAGUACGGCGAGUUGCAAAGUUCGGCGAAUGAAGGAAAGAGGAAAGAAUAAUGAUCAAAAAGAAAUAACUUUUCAAAGUCAAGUUAAGCAACCGAGAAUAGAAUAAAAACAAAGAUUUUAGAGCAGAUAACUAGAAGUGUGGACGAGAUAAAAAAGGAAACAGGCAGACAGAAGAAUGGAGAGCAUAAAGGCGAUCUUUGGUUAAUCAUGUUGUUGUUGAUAAAUCAACUUUCGAUAAAGUGUAGGGAGAAAAUUUAUUGCCCAUUGAUGGACAUAACAUUAUAAAUGCUGGAAGUAAAAUACACUUUAACUUG